CCAUUGUAACGAAUUGAGAUCUCAAUAAUAUUAAUGAUGGAGAGGCAGUCCUCUCCCAUGAAUUAGUCUCGAUCAAUCAAACGAUCGAGGAUACCACGUAAAACUCGUGUGUUGUCUUUGUUUGUUCUCGAUUUUUCAGUUAUGUUUAGGGAAGACCUUAAUCGCCAUGGCCUGCAAGUUGGCGACUUAUGCCCAAUUUGUGAGUCCACAGAAGGUGAAUCAGUCGAGCAUUUAUUUCUUCGUUGUCCGGUGGCAGUUGCUUUGCGUAAUUUGGUAGGGCUCCAUUUGCCUCCUGAUCUCCUUCUCACCACCCACCUUUCGUUGUUUUGGCGGCAUCUCAUAUUCAAUGUGGAUAUCAGCUCUAUUAGUUCCUGGGUACUAUUAUUUCGGCGACUAUGAAAAAGUCGCAACAAUGUUGUCUUCCUCCCCCACGCCCAGUUUACCAUCGCCUGCCUUCAUCGUCAACUACUGUCACACCAUGCCGAUCAUCAAAUUGCCGUCCAACCUCUAUUUCUAGCCCAGGCACCACCGCCUCGACGACUUCGUGCUCCCCAAAUGAGUUCCGGAUUUCGGAUUGCUGUGGACGGCGCGACAUCAUCUCCCACUCAUGGUGCAGUUGGUAUUGUUGGCUUUAUUGGCGGUCAGGCUACUUUUGGAUUUGGGUGCGCGCUACCUGGAAUAAUUGAUGCUACUACUCUGGAAUUAUUGGCGGUCCGGUAUGCUUUACUCCUCAUUUCCUGUUGGGGAUGGUAUGAUCAUCAUGUUCAGAUUACUGGAGAUGCUCAAACUGUGUGGGAGCGGUUAGAGUCUAACACUCCUCAUGAUGUUCGGUGCGACGCAAUAUAUCGUGAAGUGUUAUAUCUUCUCACUCGUCUACCUUUGGUUUCUUUGGCUUACUCACCUCGAGAAGCGAACCGGGUUGCCCAUAUUGUGGCACGUAAUGCCCUUCGCUAUCCUGGUAUCAGUAAUGUAUUAUUUGAUUACUCUUAUAUGGUCUGUCUUUGAGUCCGUGUAGGGGUUGUAAUUGGUGUGACCCCACACACCUAUCUGGUUAAUCCGCAAGGAUUUCUAUGACAAAAAAGUAUGGUUAUGUUUAGGGCGGAAAGUUUGGUACUAUUGGGAUAUAUCGAAUAUCAAUUGAAUUUUUCAUUACUUGGUAUUAUCGAAUAUAUGUAUUAUUUUUUUGCAUUAAAAUUGAGAUUUAAAUUUUUCCAAAAAUUUUGAGAUUUAUUUCAAGUAUUUGGUAUUAGGGAUUACGAGAUUGGAACUGAUAAUAUACCAAAAUACCAAUAAAUACUGCAAUAUAAGCUAAUAUGCAUUUAUCUCUAUCAACUAGACUUUCUCACUCACUAUUAUCAGACCGCAACCGCCAAGAUGGUUACCUACUUAUACAUAGCUCAUUCCCUCGUCAUAUGACAACCCAUGUCAAGCUCAUUUUGUUACUUGUAGUAUGUUCAUGAGUUAAUCAUCAACUGUUUCAGUUUGUUAGUUUGCUUCUUAGGCACCUCAUUUUGCUAGAGUGUUGUUAUUAUACUUGAGAUUUUUUUUUCCAUUUGUAUUGAACGAGUAUUGACACCACACCAUUGUUUGUUUUUAUAUAUUUUUAGAAUGGUUUGUGGAGAUAGUAUUUGCGUUUGUGUACUCAAUUUGUAAUUUUGAAGAAAAUUAAUUCGGUAUUUACCGAUACCGAACAAAAGAUUGGGAUUGGAAUAUUAAAAUUGCUUUGGGAUCGGAAUUGAUAUUGAGUUUAUAAUACCAUUUGAUAUUCGAAAUUUCGUAGUUUUGUUGCAUUGGGGUAUUUUACAAUGACGUUGGGCUAUCCCCAACACAAAUAGAAUGGACUGCUUGUUUCUUCUUUAUUAAGUAGUAAAAUGGACCGAUUGAUUAUUCCAUUCAAGUGCUUUGUUAUCACAGAUCUACAACCAAUUGCAGCCGAUUGAUAAUGAUUGGCAUUUUCUUUCUUUAUUUGGUAGAAAUGAUUGGCAUUUUCUUUGUCCACUCGUUUUGCACUAAAUUAAGAGGUUGUUUUCCUGAGAAAAAUUAGAAUUUACCUCAAUUCACCACAUUGAGCAAAACCAAUGAACUUGUUGGCGGAAAUUUCGGUCGGUUCGAAUGUGAUAUGGAUUAUGAAAAAUUGUCGGGGCGAGAAUUUAUUUGUUUACAAAUUUGUCAUCUUUGUAAAGACUGGGAACAAUGGUGGUUCUUUACUUAUGGCUUCCAUCUGUCAUUUUGCUCUUCUCUUUAUCCUUGCGUUUGGAGUUUGGAUACCUUUGUUGUUGGCUUCCAAAAUUUCGAACUAUUCUAAUGAACACCAAAUUCGGAAUAUGAAAAUCAAACCAAUCCUAGGAGAAAACCGAUAGAUAAGAAAAUCCCCAAAUGAAAUACAAAUUCCACCUCCUCUAACGUAAAUUAUUAAAAAGGACAUCCAAACAAUACAUUUUACAUAAAUAUAUUACUUAGUUAUUUCAUAGGCUACAAACUAUCUACACAUAAUAUAAUACACCGAAGGGAAAAACGGGAGCCUCAUUUCAAAUUUCCUGCAACGAGAGUGAAAGUAGGAAGGACAUUUUGGUCUUCACAAUUACUUUUUUUUAUUCAUUAAAAAGGUGUGUACUGAGAUUUGAACCAUAACCAUUUUAAAGAAAGGCAAGGAUCAUAACCAAUCACACUAAGUACAUUGGUUGUAUCCUUUUAAAUUAAAAACAUAUAAUAGCAGGGUGGAAAAAACUCUUCCCCCAUUUCAAAUUCCCUGUUCCAUGAGCGUUUGUAGGAAGGGUAAAAUAAGGAGUGUCAAUUUUUUCUCUUUCCUCUAUGGAACGGGCCAACUUACCGUACACAUGCGGAUUUAAACGAGUCAAGGAGUGUCAAUUUUUUUCUUUAUACCCUUUUAUUUAUCCGUGGUGAUAAAAUAUAUAUGAAAAGGCAAAAAUAAUACUACUUUUUAUUGUUAAAAAUAAAAAAUUUAACAAUAGACU